AUGUGUAUAAAUGCAAUUAAAAGUGUAAGAAGUGUGCGUGAACCUGUUCGUCGUGCAUCCGGCGGAAUCCAGCUCUCCUCUACGGAAUUAGGGUCUAGCGCGGCCCGAGCGUCGGUGCCUGCAGAACACGCGCGACCCCGUGUGGCGGGGACGCGCCAGAGCAUUUUGACCCUCCGGUGCCCUGGUAGUUGCCUCUCUCCGAGGGUUCCUGGGCACACUCGUGUCUCCGCGCGCCUCCAACUGCCCUCCCGCCAAGCCAACUGCGGUUACUGCGGCGGGCAGCCAGGACCACCUGACAAUGUUGGUUUUUCUCUUUCUGUUCAUUGGGUUCGACUGUCUCCAUACAAGCUACAGUACGUAAAGGAGAUCCUGCGCUCACCUGUCCCAGAAGCCAACUCUCAGCUUGUUUGGAGAGGGAGACUGUCCUACAGAAUUACAAUUGAUGGAAAAGAAUAUACUAUCCAUCUAGUGCAAAAAACAUUUUUGCCUCAUAAUUUUAGAGUUUACAGUUAUAAUGGUACACAAAGUAUGACGCCUCUUGAACAAAACUUUCAGAAUUUUUGCUACUACCAAGGCCAUAUUGAAGAUCACCCAAAAUCUAUGGUCAUCUUCAGCACAUGUGCUGGACUCAGGGGCUUAUUGCAGUUUGAAAAUGUUAGUUAUGGAAUUGAGCCCUUGGAGCCUUCUAUUGGUUUUGAACAUGUUAUUUACCAAGUCAAACAUAAGAAUGUCGGUCUUUCUUUAUAUGCUGAGGAAGAUAUUGAAUCAACAAAAUUUCCCUACAAAACAAAACCUAUAAAGGCAAUGAAACAGUUAUCUCAUUAUAUAGAAAUGCAUAUUGUAGUUGAAAAAUAUUUGUAUAGUCAUAUGGGUUCUGAUGUUGCUGUUGUCACUGAAAAAAUUUUCCAGCUUGUUGGAAUAAUGAAUGCUAUAUUUACUUCAUUUAAUCUCACAAUAAUGCUAUCUUCAGUGGAGCUUUGGAUAGAUGAAAAUAAAAUUCCAGUAGGUGGAGAUGCUAAUGAGUUAAUGCACAGAUUUUUAAAAUGGAAAAAAUCUUACCUUGUUUUGCGUCCACAUGAUGUGGCCUUUUUACUUGUUUACAGAGAAAAGCCAGAUUAUAUUGGUGCAACCUUUGAAGGAAAGAUAUGUGAUGGACAAUAUGGAGGAGGUGUUGCACUGCACCCCAAAUCUCUAAGUCUGGAAUCACUAGCAGUAAUUCUAGCUCAAUUACUGAGCCUUAACAUGGGAAUAGCUUAUGAUGACAUUAAGAAAUGCCACUGCCCAGGGCCUGUCUGCAUAAUGAACCCAGAUGCAAUUCAUUCUAGUGGUAUGAAGACCUUUAGUAACUGCAGCAUGGAAGAUCUUGCACACUUUAUAUCAAUGCCAAAGUCAAACUGUCUUCGAAAUCAGCCACGUUUGGGUCCCUUAUAUCUGGAUAGUACGCCGGUUUGUGGCAAUGGAAGGAAGGAAGAAGGUGAAGAGUGUGAUUGUGGGACUCCGGAGGAAUGUGCGAGCAUAGUUGAGAAUUGCUGUGAUGGUACCACAUGUCGAAAGAAAGAUGGCACUGAUUGUGCUUCUGGGCUGUGCUGUUCAAGUUGUCAGUUUUCUAGAGAAACAUGUAGGUUGGCUGAUGCCAGAUGUGACAUAAAGGAGGUAUGUAAUGGUACACAUGCUGACUGCCCAGAAGACAUAUAUUAUUAUGAUGGACGACCAUGUGGAAUUGCUAAUAAUUGGAUCUGUUUCCACGGACAGUGUAUAAAUGGGGAUGAACAAUGUGAGAGUAUAUUUCAAGGUUCACAGUUUGGUUCUAAUGAGUGUUUUAAUCACCUCAAUUCGGUGGGUGACAUAGCUGGGAGCUGUGGUUUAAACAAUGAAGAGUACAAAAAGUGUACAUCUAGCAAUACAAAGUGUGGAAGAUUAGUUUGUUCAACUCCAAAAAGGAACAUAUUUCACAUUUCUCAAGCCUCUGUUUUUUAUACCAACAUAAGUGGAAAUAUUUGUCUGUCAUUGGAAUAUGAGGAAAUUAUGUUGGAUAAAAGUCAUUCGUGGAUAAGAGAAGGAACUGCUUGUGACACAAAUAAGCAUUGCAGUAACAAGGAAUGCAAAGACAAUGCUGAAUUGGGUUACAGUCAGUGUCAGGAAAAUUGUACAAAUCAAAAUAUGAUAUGCAAUAACAAAAAACAAUGCAUGCCAGUUCAAAAUGUAAGCAGCCAACCAGUUUUAUAUGAAAUCAUGUCUCCCUCUGGAGAAGGCAUGAUGAAAAAUAUUUAUCAUUCCACACAAAAGGCUUUAAAAUGGCCUUUGUUCUUAUUCAUUCCUUUUCUCAUUCUUCUCAUUGUGUUAACUGCUAGCGUGGUAAAAGUUCAUGGCCAAAGAAAGAAACAGAAAAUUGAGGAAUAUACAAGCACUGAGAAAGUAGAAAGUGAGAAUGAAUCCAAAGUAUAG